GAGCUGUGUCGUGUCGCGCCUUGUUUGACAACUCUGGCAAUAUGGCGUCCGAAGGUGGUAGCGAUUCACAGCUGAGAAGAAGAAGGCGCCGGGACACGGGGGAGCCGGAAAAAACGGAACUCGGCGAAAGAGAGCUGACAGUGGUUGUGGCUGUGGCCCAAGAGAACGAAGAGGAAAAUGAAGAGCGCUGGGUUGGGCCCUUACCUGUAGAGGCGACAUUGGCCAAGAAGAGGAAAGUUCUAGAGUUUGAAAGAGUCUAUCUUGAAAAUCUCCCCAGUGCAUCUAUGUAUGAGCGCAGUUACAUGCAUAGAGAUGUUAUCACCCAUGUGGUAUGCACCAAGACAGACUUUAUUAUUACUGCCAGUCAUGAUGGACAUGUUAAGUUCUGGAAAAAAAUAGAAGAGGGAAUUGAAUUUGUUAAACAUUUUCGUAGUCACCUGGGAGUUAUUGAGAGUAUUGCAGUUAGCUCUGAGGGAGCAUUGUUCUGUUCUGUGGGUGAUGAUAAAGCAAUGAAGGUGUUUGAUGUAGUGAACUUUGACAUGAUCAAUAUGCUGAAGCUUGGCUAUUUUCCUGGACAAUGUGAGUGGAUCUAUUGCCCAGGGGAUGCCAUAUCUUCAGUUGCUGCUUCUGAGAAGAGCACAGGAAAAAUUUUCAUUUAUGAUGGUCGAGGAGAUAACCAGCCGCUUCAUAUUUUUGACAAGCUCCAUACAUCACCUCUUACUCAGAUACGGCUGAAUGCAGUUUAUAAAGCAAUAGUGUCUUCUGAUAAAUCUGGAAUGAUUGAAUACUGGACUGGGCCUCCUCAUGAAUAUAAGUUCCCCAAAAAUGUGAACUGGGAAUAUAAAACUGACACCGAUUUGUAUGAGUUUGCCAAGUGCAAGGCUUAUCCAACCAGCAUAUGUUUUUCACCUGAUGGGAAGAAAAUAGCUACUAUUGGUUCUGAUAGAAAAGUUAGAAUUUUCAGAUUUUUAACUGGAAAACUCAUGAGAGUCUUUGAUGAAUCACUAAGUAUGUUUACUGAACUGCAGCAGAUGAGGCAACAGCUACCCGACAUGGAAUUUGGCCGACGAAUGGCUGUUGAACGUGAGUUGGAGAAGGUGGAUGCAGUAAGAUUAAUUAACAUAGUCUUUGAUGAAACUGGACACUUCGUGCUAUAUGGAACAAUGCUAGGCAUUAAAGUUAUAAAUGUAGAAACAAACCGGUGUGUGCGCAUCUUAGGCAAGCAGGAAAAUAUUAGAGUGAUGCAGUUGGCUCUGUUCCAGGGAAUAGCCAAAAAACAUCGUGCUGCAACUACUAUAGAAAUGAAGGCUUCUGAAAAUCCUGUUCUUCAAAAUAUUCAAGCUGACCCAACAAUAGUUUGUACAUCUUUUAAAAAGAAUAGAUUUUACAUGUUUACCAAACGAGAACCAGAAGAUACAAAAAGUGCAGAUUCUGACAGAGAUGUUUUUAAUGAGAAACCUUCUAAAGAAGAAGUCAUGGCAGCCACUCAAGCUGAAGGACCUAAACGUGUUUCAGAUAGUGCCAUUAUCCACACAAGCAUGGGAGACAUUCAUAUCAAACUUUUUCCUGUUGAGUGCCCUAAGACAGUGGAAAACUUCUGUGUUCAUAGCAGAAACGGCUAUUAUAAUGGGCAUACAUUUCACCGUAUAAUUAAGGGCUUCAUGAUUCAAACAGGAGAUCCAACAGGUACUGGUAUGGGAGGAGAAAGCAUAUGGGGAGGAGAAUUUGAAGAUGAGUUUCAUUCAACAUUACGACAUGACAGACCAUAUACACUCAGCAUGGCCAAUGCUGGAUCAAAUACUAACGGAUCCCAGUUUUUUAUAACAGUAGUACCAACGCCUUGGCUUGAUAAUAAGCACACAGUGUUUGGACGAGUGACUAAAGGAAUGGAAGUUGUACAGAGGAUCUCCAAUGUCAAAGUCAAUCCCAAAACAGAUAAGCCCUAUGAGGAUGUCAGCAUCAUAAAUAUUACUGUCAAGUAAAAUAAGGUUUGUUUCAUUGUAUGUGUAAAUAGAAAUACAUGUAUAUUAAACACAGGGUUAUUUUACACAGGAAGCUCUUAGAACUUGCUGAACAUCCAAAUCAUGUUUCAAGUAUGCAAUAUUAUGUUUUUAUAUUUUUCAUUAAAGGACCUUUUUUAAAACCCUGCCUUUCAUUUUUCUCACAAUAUUUCUUAUCCUAGGAGGUGAUAAACUGAAAUUGGACUAAAUCUGGGCAAAUCGCACUCGUAUGUAAUUUCUCAUGAGACUCAAAAACCAUAUUAAAUAGAGUUGUAUGCAUUAAUAUAUAUUACUAUAUUAAUAUAUGCCACAUAAUCUGCCCUCAUGUUUCUUUAGAUCCACUAAGAAAGGGUAUCAGAAUCUGAUAGUAAUAUACCACUUCCUUUCUUUUCUUAGGUUUGUGUUUCAUGCCAAAUAGUUUUGCCUUUUAAUCAUUGUUAAAAAUAGUAAGCAGGGGUAAGUAAAACUUCAGUAAAUAAAUAAGAAGUAGUUUAUUAAAGAUUUAGAAAUAACUUAUCCUCUAGUUGCAAUGUUAAGUCACAUUUAAAUGAGUAUUAUAGCUAGUAUUUAAAUUUAAGAAUCUGAAUAAAUGAAUAUUAGUCCUUGGUUUUAUAUGCAGGUUCAUUUAUUAUUUACACAUUAUUUUCCUAAUGUAGCUAAAUCCCAAUUUUCUGUCCUGAAGUUAAUAGUAUCUUUUUUUACAUUACUAAAUACUCCAUCAAGAAAGUAUAUAUUAA